AUGGCUCAUUGUCGUUACGGAUGUAAGGCUGCUGAAGAUGAUUUUGGUAAGUGUCCAUUACUCAUAGCUGCCUAUAUACUUGCCGGACUGUCUAUGAUGCUUAACAUUAGACUUUCAUAUAGUUCUGCUCCAUACGCACUUAUUAGGUUCAAGCUGCCUGAGAAUCUAUUCAGUGUGUUUGUUAGGAGAAUGGCAAGUUCUUUGGAACUCUGGUGUCUACCAGGUUUCAUCAUUGCUGACGCAAUCGAACUAGCUGUUAAACUAGCCAUCACCAGCGACUUCAGCAACUGGAACAACCUCGACUCAAAGAAACUCAAGUUCGGUGCCAUCAUAAUACCUUCCAUAAUUGCUCAAUGGUUAAAUUUUCUCACCUAUGUAAUUUUAUUGAUUGUAUAUUUGGCGGGUGGUGAUCAUGGUCGCCUAACAACCUUUUAUUGGACUAUUGCAGUAUCUGGAUUUGUUUUUGGUAUCAAUAAUCCAUUGGUCUUUGCUGCUAACUAUCAUUAUAUUCCAAUCUAUAUUGCUGGUGAAAACUGUUUCCCAGCUCUAACCUCAUUCAUACACUAUUUGGCAACUUUGAUGUUUGGUAACAGAAGAAAAUACGAUAGUGACUUCAUAUUAGUCUUUAUUGACAUUUGGGUAGCUAUCAUAAUAUCAUUCGUGGCAGCUGUGGUUUGGACACUAGCAUAUGGUAUCUGCACAGAUGCUGCUCCUGAUUGUACAAUUACUAAGGUUACUAGUCAGACUCAGGUUACUAUCACAUAUCAGGGUGAUGAGAAGGCUAAGGUUGAGAAAGCUGGUUAUGUCGAUCCUCCUGGUACUAAUGGUACUUAUAAGUAUACUGUUAAGAAUACUGAAACUAAAAACAUCACUUACACUUUCACACUCAGAACUCAGCUUGGUGCUGCUGGUGCUAAUGGUGCUGUUACUAUCGAAUAUGGUCAUAUAUUUGCUGAAGGUUUCUCUGGUACUGGUGCCAAGGAAUCUUUGAUCUCACCAUUACUGAUUGUUCUAGUUGGUAUGGGUCUUGUAUAUGCCAUUUAUCCUGGAAUUGCACCUGGUAUGAUUGUACCAUUUUACCUAGUUGAUAAGAUCGAAAUGGUUCUUCUUAUUGCUACCAUAUUUCCGCCGGUAAUCAUUGCACUACUCCAAAGAUUUGCUGCAAACUGGUCUCCUAAAACCAAUUACGUAUGGCACGGAAAUGAUAAAACUGGUCUACAAGGAUGGCUACCAUACGCAUCCACACACGUAAAAGACACAGGACGAUCAACAGAACAAAAAGAAGUAUGCAACCCCGUUCAAGAAGCUCAACAUCUUGUUCAUGCUUAUCUUUGGCACUUCUUUGAUAUCGUGGUUCCCACUAUGAUCAUCCUAGCCUAUCUAUUCAUAUAUUCACUUCACUAUAGAGAUUCCAAAAUAUCCCGUUCCAUUGUCAAUCAACCUAAGAUGUCUACUGCACUCACUAUAAUAUUUUAUAUGUGUCAUGAGAUCGCACUUGCUGUUGGAUUUGCUGGUAUGGUAGGUAAUGGAGCUGAAUAUACGGUGAUAGCUCAAAUGGUGGGUGCAUUCCUUAUGGUCUUCCUAGCACUCUACAGUGAGGGCUAUCUAAUUGAGUAUAAAAGCCACGAUCCAACACAUUGGCCCACAGAAGGUAUGACUAAAUGGAACGCGUUCUGCUAUUGGUGUAAAAGAGCCAGCAAAAUAACUAAUCACAACCUAAGAUCAUUGUUUAGAACUUAA